AUGACCACCGGCAGGAACAACCGAGCCAUGAUGGAAGGAGUCGGUGCGAGAGUGGUCCGGGGACCUGACUGGAAGUGGGGCAAGCAGGACGGCGGAGAGGGACAUGUCGGCACCGUCAGGAGUUUUGAAAGUCCCGAGGAGGUGGUGGUCGUCUGGGAUAACGGAACCGCUGCGAACUACCGUUGCUCUGGAGCCUACGACGUGAGGAUAUUAGAUAGUGCUCCUACAGGCAUCAAGCAUGACGGAACAAUGUGUGACACCUGCCGUCAGCAGCCUAUCAUUGGCAUUCGUUGGAAAUGUGCUGAGUGCACCAAUUACGACCUCUGCACAACCUGUUACCAUGGUGACAAACAUCACUUGAGACACCGCUUCUACAGGAUCACCACCCCAGGCAGUGAGAGAGUGCUUCUGGAGUCAAGGCGUAAGUCGAAGAAAAUUACUGCCAGAGGGAUCUUCACUGGCGGCAGGGUCGUGCGAGGCGUCGAUUGGCAGUGGGAAGACCAGGAUGGAGGCAACGGAAGGCGAGGAAAGGUGACUGAGAUUCAAGACUGGAGUGCAGCUAGCCCUCACAGUGCAGCGUACGUACUGUGGGACAAUGGAGCCAAGAACCUGUACCGUGUUGGUUUUGAGGGAAUGUCGGACCUGAAAUGUGUUCAGGAUGCCAAAGGAGGUUCCUUUUACAGAGAUCACUGCCCUGUGUUGGGCGAGCAGAAUGGCAACAGGAACCCCGGUGGUCUCCAGAUUGGAGACCUGGUCAACAUUGACUUGGACCUGGAGAUCGUCCAGUCGCUGCAGCAUGGCCACGGCGGCUGGACUGACGGCAUGUUUGAGACGCUCACCACCACAGGAACAGUGUGCGGCAUCGAUGAAGACCAUGACAUCGUGGUGCAGUAUCCUAGCGGCAACAGGUGGACGUUCAACCCCGCCGUGUUGACAAAAGCCAACGUAGUGCGCAGCGGAGAAGUGGCUGCUGGUGCAGAAGGAGGCACAUCCCAGUUCCUGGUGGGCGACUUGGUUCAGAUUUGCUACGACAUUGACCGCAUCAAGCUGCUACAAAAGGGUCACGGAGAGUGGGCCGAAGCUAUGCUGCCUACCCUAGGGAAGGUCGGCCGCGUACAACAGAUCUAUUCUGACAGCGACCUGAAGGUGGAAGUGUGCGGGACGUCGUGGACGUACAAUCCCGCCGCCGUCACCAAGAUCGCUCCCUCGGGGUCUGCCGUUAGCAACGCUUCAGGAGAGCGUCUCUCCCAGCUUCUGAAGAAACUGUUUGAGACUCAGGAAUCUGGCGACAUCAACGAGGAGCUGGUCAAGGCGGCAGCCAAUGGAGAUCUAGCUAAAGUGGAAGACAUUUUGAAGAGACCCGAUGUUGAUGUGAACGGGCAGUGUGCUGGACACACGGCGAUGCAGGCAGCCAGUCAGAACGGUCAUGUGGAUGUUCUCAAACUGCUACUCAAACACAAUGUUGAUCUAGAGGCAGAGGACAAAGAUGGGGAUCGGGCGGUGCACCAUGCAGCCUUUGGUGACGAGGGCUCAGUCAUUGAGGUCCUGCAGCGGGGCGGCGCCGACCUGAACGCCAGGAACAAGCGCAGACAGACACCGUUGCACAUAGCUGUCAACAAGGGACACUUACAGGUGGUCAAAACCCUGUUGGACUUUGGCUGCCACCCAAGCCUCCAGGACUCUGAGGGCGACACCCCCCUGCAUGAUGCCAUUAGCAAAAAGCGGGACGACAUGCUUUCCGUGCUGCUUGAGGCGGGCGCCGACGUCACCAUCACCAACAACAAUGGCUUCAACGCUUUGCAUCAUGCUGCUCUGCGAGGGAACCCCAGCGCAAUGCGAGUGUUGCUUUCUAAACUGCCCAGGCCUUGGAUCGUAGAUGAGAAGAAGGAUGACGGCUACACGGCGCUACAUUUGGCGGCUCUCAACAACCAUGUGGAGGUGGCGGAGCUGUUAGUUCAUCAGGGCAACGCCAGCUUGGACAUCCAGAAUGUGAACCAACAGACAGCCUUACACCUGGCAGUAGAGCGUCAGCACACUCAGAUUGUCAGACUGCUAGUGCGAGCCGAAGCCAAGCUGGAUGUGCAGGACAAGGACGGGGAUACGCCGCUCCACGAGGCACUGCGACACCACACGCUGUCCCAGUUGCGGCAACUCCAGGAUAUGCAGGACGUCAGCAAAGUGGAGCCCUGGGAGCCUUCCAAGAACACGCUAAUCAUGGGCUUAGGCACCCAGGGAGCUGAGAAGAAGAGUGCGGCAUCCAUCGCCUGCUUCCUUGCCGCCAACGGAGCAGACCUCACCAUUCGUAACAAGAAGGGGCAGUCCCCUCUGGACCUGUGUCCUGACCCGAGCCUCUGCAAAGCGUUGGCUAAAUGCCACAAAGAAAAGAGCAGCGGCCAAGUGGGCACACGCAGCCCGUCUUUAAACAGCAACAUGGAAUCCUUGGAGGAAUGCAUGGUGUGCUCGGACAUGAAGCGAGACACUCUCUUUGGACCGUGCGGACACAUCGCCACAUGUUCCCUUUGCUCGCCGCGAGUCAAGAAGUGUCUCAUCUGCAAAGAUCAGGUCCAGUCACGCACAAAGAUUGAGGAGUGUGUGGUUUGCUCUGACAAAAAGGCGGCUGUGUUGUUCCAGCCCUGCGGCCACAUGUGCGCUUGUGAGAACUGUGCGAGCCUCAUGAAGAAGUGCGUACAAUGUCGGGCUGUGGUGGAGCGCCGUACCCCCUUCGUGCUUUGUUGUGGGGGGAAAGGUAUGGAGGAUGAUGAUGAUGCCGCAGAUGAUGAUGAUGUGGAUGAUGAUGAUGAUGAUGAUGACAUUACAGGGAGCUCUAACUCUAUGGCAGGGGGAUCGCAGGAUCUUCUCCAGCCCAACAAUCUGGCACUAAGUUGGUCGAGCGGCAACAUCCCCGCCUUGCAGCGUGACAAGGACAACACCAAUGUCAACGCCGAUGUUCAGAAGCUUCAGCAGCAGCUGCAGGACAUCAAGGAGCAGACCAUGUGCCCCGUGUGUCUGGACCGGUUGAAGAACAUGAUCUUCAUGUGUGGGCACGGUACUUGCCAGCUUUGCGGCGACCGUAUGAGCGAAUGCCCCAUUUGCCGCAAAGCCAUCGAGCGCCGCAUCCUCCUCUAUUAG